CGUACGGUUUCAGCAGACCAAUCAAUCAAAAUCACUUGUCUCUAACGUUACAUUAGUUUUUAUGUAUGUUCAAUCUAAGGGUUUCUUAGAGUAGAGUAACAUUAUGAUACACAUUUGUACAGAGGUGUUUCCAUAUUCCCUGCUUGUGAAAAUCAUUAAUGACGUAGAGUGUAAAUCCGUCUCACCGGAUGUUGACUCUCAACAAGAGGGUCGAGCUGCUAACGUCAAAGCUUCAGUGACACCGCGGGCAGGCUGCGUUUCUCACAAAACCAGAAUAAAAGUCCACAGUAGAGUUGUGAGGGGAGCACUGUGUCCAACCCUUUUCCCUAUACAGACAUCCGGCCAGCAUGUCCAGUGAUCCUCCCCCUCCGUACCCCGGAGGUCCCAGUGCUCCACUCAUUGAGGAGAAGAAUGGACAACCUGUUCCUAUAAGAAAUGCCCCUAUACAGGGACAACCCUUGCCUCCAGACUACGGUCCUCCACCCUACGAGGGCCCACACCCAGGCUUCCUUCCCCCACAUGUUCCUGGAGAAGGGCCCAUGCCAAUGCCUAUGCCUCAAGGUGGCCUUUACCCACCUCCGCCCGGUCACUAUCCUCACCCAAUGCCAGGACAGAUGGGCCCUGGUCCCAGUCACUUUGUCCACAUGGAAGGUCACACAGCGACCGUCCUGGCUCCUCCAGGAGCAGCCACCACUGUGACCGUACUGCAGGGGGAAAUGUUCCAGACCUCACCGGUGCAGACUGUAUGUCCGCACUGCCAGCAGGCAAUCAUCACCCGCAUCUCCCACGAUGUCGGCCUCAUGAACACACUCUUCUGCCUCUUCUGCUUCUUUGUAGGGUGUGAUCUCGGCUGCUGCUUGAUUCCCUGUCUGAUUGAUGACCUCAAGGAUGUGACACACACCUGCCCUUACUGUAAGGGCUACAUUUACACAUACAAGCGUAUAUGCUAACCACCGACAGCUGUAUGCUACAGAGAUAUGUACAUGCACACACAAACUCACAGCUCCUCCUGCUGGUAGUGACAGCCCCCCCCCAUUUUUGCAAAGUGUUGUGUAGCCCUCUUAAAUUGUAAGUGCAGUUUUCUCCUUAGUUCACAGAAUAUUUACUGUAUAUAUAUUUCAGCAUAAUUCUUUCAUGUAUAAACAUGCAUUUGAAAUGUACAAAUCUCACGGGCACUAAUGCAUCCACGGAGAUGGAUAGGCAGAAGGUGCAUCUGAUCCUGUAUGAAAACCUGGAGAAAAGGCUUGUGAUGUUACGCAUGUUAACAGGGAAAAUAAAUCUGGAUAGAUGGACAGCCUUCAGUUAGAGAAAGCUGUGAAAAUGGUCACUUUAUUUAUAUGAAUUAAUCUGUGAAUCUUGCUGAGAAGUCAGUCAUGCUGGGUUAACAUUCUUGUUUUUUUCCUAUUUAUUUCAAAUAUUUUAUCCACUAUUUUAACAAGUUAAUAUUGAGAACUGAACAUUUUUGUCCAUGUCUGAUCAUUUUGUUCUAACGGACCUAGUUUCUUCCUUUUUAUCAUUAUCCAUUUUUCAAUGUGAGCAAACUAACGAACCAUUUUCAGCUCGAUAAACUGCUGUAUUUGCUUAUUUGGGAAUGCCUACAAUUGAUGUUACUUGCUAUAUUUAUUAAUCUUCUAGGCUUUAGUCAGUAGUCACUAAAUGGUCAGUGAUUUACAGUUACUGCCCCUGUCCAUGAUGUACUUUAGUUAUCAGUAAUUAAGCCAAUGUUUGCACUUUAAGUUGGAAUUCAAUUUCCCCCUCUGAUGCAUUGAUAGAAACUAUCAACCUCAGCUGUCAUCAGUAUUUGAGAAAUUUGUGCUUUGAGGACUAAGAGUAUCAUCUCAUGAGUAAAAGCAGUGUAUAAUUGAAGUAGAAUUAAAGUAGAGCUGAGAGUUCUACAGUUACUGAUAGAGACACACUGAAUUCCAUUUUAGCAAUCUUGUGUCCCGUCUCCCGGCAAGUAUGUUGGCAAACAAAUUACAGUGGUGGCACCAUCAUCACAUAACAUUGUUUAGCCUGUAACCCUCCUAAUAUGGCAUCAGCCCUUUAAGAUUACCCGCAUUGCUCAGAUGCAUGUUAGAUAAUAAAUACAGUUGUCUAUAUUGACUAAUCCUAAAUAGUGACUUCUCUGCUAGGAAUAUGCUUCAAAUGAAUGAUUGUGUCAGACAUCUUGCAAAAUGACAUUGUGAUUCCGUUGAGAUUACUAACAAUAAGACAACCAUAGUAUGCCCACCACAGCAUGCCCCAUCUGCCGUUCACCUUUACUCACAAAGUGCAGUUUGUCUGCAUGAACCACACA